CUCUCUUCGAGUCCUCCAAACAACAUGAACAUUAGCCUUGGUUCCACUGUUGUCCUCAUCUGUGAGGUCACAAUUGACCCUUCUUAUGAUGUGGUAGAGUCUGCAAACGUUAAUUGGGUUGGGCCUCGUCUCAGCAGCUCAAGGGAGGGAUUCACCAUCACUCAGUCUACUAGUGGACUCAGCUGCUACACCAGCCGUCUCACCAUCUCAGAGGUGGUCGGGGAGGACGCAGGAGAUUACAGCUGUGGUUUGUCCAGCAUUGGCGGAAAUCAAUAUGUCGUCACUACCUCCACUACCAGCUUCAUCCCUCUUAGAGUAUUUGAUCCUCCACCAAUGCUGGUUCUGUCGUCAUCAAUACCACAAGGAGAGGUGGCGAGGGGAUCAUCCGUAGUCUUAACCUGUGUCGCCACCUUCUCCUCUCAGCUUGAUUCAGUGAAGCUCACGUGGGGAGGACCCCAGACAAUUAGUACCAGUGAUGAAAGCAAGCACAAGAUUGUUGAGGCAAAUUCUGGCCUCACGUAUUCCAAUAGCCUCACAGUAUUAGACGUGAAAGGGCAGGAUGAAGGAGUGUAUGUAUGUACUCUGAGUGGAGUUGAUAAAAAUGGCCUCCAAGUCACUUCAGACAGUUCCAUCGCCAUCAGUGUUGCAGAACCAAGCAACAGUGGUGCAGGCAUACAGCGGAGUGGACUCAGUUUAAUAAUUACAGGAAUUAUAGCAUUAUUUCUCUUUGCAUAGGCAUGCAUUCGCCUACUAGUUUAAGUUAUUGCAUAAAAAUAUUUUCACUGGCAUCAUCACAUU